UCAGUGACGGCGGAGAGGAACACUGAAUGACAGAAGUUUGUUGUUGUGCAUGUGUUCAUUCAUUGAUUUCUUCUGAAUCAUUUUAUAAGAAGUUUAACGUGUUUGCUCAGUCACUUUCUGAGUGUUUGAUGAUUUGGACAGCGGACGAAAAUCCCCUGUGACGAUAUUUAUCAUGACGAUUUUAUGGAAGACCUUAUACAUUUUAUUGUUGUGGAUCACGUCGUGUGCAUCAGUUGAUGAUAUGGUGCUUAUUCCUGGUGGAAAAAUUAUGAUGGGAACCAAUGUACCCGAUGGGAUAGAUGGAGAAUCACCAGCACGGGCUGUGAAUGUCAAGCCAUUUAAAAUGGACAAAUAUCCCGUCACUAACUCUGAUUUCAGGGAAUUUGUCAGACUGCAGAAAUAUAAAACCGAAGCUGAAACAUUUGGUUGGAGUUUUGUGUUCCAGGAUUUUGUGACAGAUGAACUAAAGAGCAAAGUCACUAAGAGAAUUGAGUCUGCUCCUUGGUGGUUACCAGUCGAAAAGGUGUUUUGGAGACAGCCAGCAGGUCCAGGAUCUGGAAUCAAAGACAGAUUGAAAUUCCCUGUGGUCCAGGUGAGCUGGAAUGAUGCGCAGGCCUACUGUCAGUGGAAACAGAAAAGGUUGCCAACUGAGGAAGAGUGGGAAACGGCUGCACGUGGAGGUCUUGAAGGCAGGGGAUACCCAUGGGGCAACAAGUUCAUGCUGAAUCGCACCAACCUUUGGCAGGGCCCGUUUCCAGAUGGGGACACAGCAGAAGAUGGCUAUCAUGGUGUAGCUCCUGUAACUGCGUAUCCUCCACAGAAUACCUAUGGACUUUAUGAUAUGCUGGGUAACGUCUGGGAGUGGACCUCAUCCCGGUUUUCUGGUGCUCAAACCAUGUAUGUCCUGCGUGGGGCGUCAUGGAUUGACACAAUAGAUGGCUCAGCCAAUCACAGAGCUCGUGUCACUACUAGAAUGGGGAACACACCAGACUCGGCCUCUGAUAACCUGGGCUUUCGCUGUGCUGUGAGCUCAAAGGCAAAACAGAAGACAGACAAAACGAGAACCGAGCUUUAAGAGACACAUUUUUCAACUGAUGGUUCAUUAUAAAAUGAAUACAACAUUUCUCCUGUGGAGACAUGAACUUUUGAAACUGUGUUUAUGUUUACAUUGUUACACAGAACACAUACUGUAAUCCUAACAUCCUGUGAUAGUUGUCUUUUAUUUUAUUGUAUUUUCCUUUCUUUAUGAGGAGUAUAUUGUGGCCCUGUCUGUGAAAUGAAGGCUACGGUCUCAUAAUCUAAUUGAGAUUCCAAGCAUUCACACUGCUUUCAAUAUUUAACUCGAGCUUACUCAAUAUUGACAUCAAGGUUAUAUUUUCACAGAAUGUACUUUAUGUACAGUAUAGGAUCAUUUUAUGUAGAAAACAGUAAAUCACAAAAAAU